GAAACAUUUAAUAUUUCAAUAGAAGAAUGCAGACGUCGAUUAAGAGCAAUGGGUCAGCCUAUUCGACUGUUUGCAGAAACAGAUAAGCAGUGUAAACUUCGUCUACGUGCAUUAGAAUUGAUGGUCGAACAACAACCAGAGAAUCAAGGACGUAAUGAGUUUAUGAAGACAUUGGAAGAAAUGGAAGCACACAUGCGUCUUGAUGACUUGAAGCAAAAAGGAGCCGUUCCUACUGAGAAUAAAAAGAAACAAAAGAGACAGACAUUGGUAGUAGAACCUAUUCAACUUGAAUUACUGUCAUCCAAUGUAGAUAAACUGUAUUCACAAAUAUAUGCUUAUUUUUCACAUAUGUUGGAAGAAUGGGAAGAAUAUAUGGCAGCGAGGCCAGAAGAAGAAAAGAGAAGUGUACCAGGAAAACGAGCAGCAGUCCUUCAAAAACAGGCAACAGAGUAUAUUAAACCGUUGAUGCGUCACUUAAAAAAGGGAACAUUAGAACUCGACGUAUUAGCUCGUGUGGCUGAAAUUGCUCAACGUAUGCAAAAGAGACUCUAUCGAGAUGCUCAAGAUGCCUAUCUUCAACUGUCGAUUGGUAAUGCACCUUGGCCUAUUGGUGUCACCAUGGUGGGUAUUCACGAACGAUCAGCGCGUGAAAAGAUUAGCUCAUCUCAAGUGGCUCAUGUCCUAAAUGAUGAAACAUCAAGAAAGUGGAUUCAGUCCGUUAAACGAUUGAUGACUUUUGCUCAAACCAAAUAUCCUCCUUACACACUAAGUCAAAUUUCCUAA